CUUUCAUCCAGUUGACAAAGGAGGGACAUUAAUCUCCAAAAAUGUUCAAACUACUUCUAAUCAUUUUUCUAACCUUUAGGACAUGUGCAUGUUUCAUCACAUCUGCUGCUGUAUUUCAAACUGAAGUCAUGAAGACUUUUUCUGCAGGUGAAACUGUGACUUUACAGUGCUCAAUAUCUCAAAAUUAUGAAAAUUACUAUUAUUGGUUUAAACAGUCUUUGGGUGAAGCUCCAACCUGCAUCCUCAGUGUGUAUGGCUCUGAAAUGAUAACAUUUACUGGAGACUUCAAGAGUGACAAAAGAUUGUCUGUUAAAAAGAAAAAGGAGUAUUUUGCUUUAAUUAUAAACGACACAAGAUCAUCAGAUACUGGAAUAUACUACUGCGGUGCCCGGGACUAUGAUCAGAUCACUUUUAGUAAUGGGAUGUUUUUAAAUUAUAAAGUUUCAGGGGAAAGUACAAUACAACAAUAUAUACAGCAAUUUUUGCCAAAAAUGGACUUAGCUACUUCAAAUAAGCAUGCGUUUAAUCCAGGAGACUCUGUGAAUUUGCAAUGCACAAUUCUUACUAAACGAUGUGUGGGAAAUCACAGUGUAUACUGGUUUAGACAUGGAGCAGGAGAUAGCCAUCCAGGAGUGAUAUACACACAUGAAAACAAAAAUGAUGAAUGUAUGAGAAACUCUAGUCUAGACUCACACUCCUGUAUCUACAAUCUCCCGAAACUCAAAGUCACUUCAUCUGAUGAUGGGAUGUAUUACUGUGCUGUGGCUAUGUGUGGAGAGAUAUUGUUCGGGAAGGGAAGCAGGCUUGCAAUCGAAGCACAAAAUUCCCUUUGGAGCGACUUAAAGGUCUCAGCUUUGGUAGCAUCAAAUAUUUUAUGUUUGUUGAUCAUCGCUGCCCUUUUAUAUAAAAGGAAAUCAAAAACAAAAGAAACCCUUGAAACUUCCCAUCUAUUACAUCAAAUGCCAUCUGUGGUUUCUGCUGAUGAGGGUGCAUUAAGCUAUGCAGCAGUAAAUUUCCCAGAGAGACGCAAGACUGAACGAAGCACAGACACAAAUGUGGUUUACUCCACUGCCAGACUGGGCAAAUAAUAUAUCUGGAAAUAUACAGCAAAGUAAAGGUAUAGUUUUUAAAAGUGCAACACUCUUAAGUGCUCUUAAUACAGUCAGGACCUUAAUGUAUUUGUAAGAUUUUUUUUUACCAAUUGUGAUAUAGCCUACUUACCAAAAUGUUUAAAGAAAGUUGUACAGUGCUGCUACAGUGUCAAACAUCCAAAAUGUUCUCUCAACAAAAGUAAUAGGGUAACAUGAACAAAGAUUUUAUUUGUAUUUUUUAGUAGGAAGGGUAAAUGUAUUAUUUUGUGUACACUGAAUAAUAUUAGUCAUCGGCAUGUUACUAACAAAGAUUAUGUUGUUUGACUGAACUUACAAUAUACUCAAGUUAUACUCAAGUUUGCCCAAACUAUUUUACAAUAAACAAAGUUUGAAAAUUCCCAGCAUUCAAUGCAACAUUCAAAAUUAUGUUGUUCAUAUUUUUAAAGUAUUGCUGUUGUUUUCUGGUUUUGUUGUUGUUGUUGUAACUGUUAGUUGCCUGUCGCUAUAGUUUAAAAAAUCUUUUCUUUUUUUUGAGGUUUGUGUCAAGCGUUGAGGUCUCAGUGCAUGAUGCUGUGUUGCUUUGCAUAAAAGUGCAUGCAACACGUUUUAACAGUUAAUUGACCAGUAGUGUGGUCUCUCUUACUGUAACCGUUAAAAAAAGUUUAACAUAAAAAAGUAAGUUACCUGGUUGCAUUACUGAAUUUUGAGUUAAUUCAACUUAAAAAUAUUACUUAAUUAGUUACACAAUUAACAAAACUUUUUUUAAGAAAACAAAUAU